ACUUGAAAAAUGAAUGUCAGAUGUUCAACAAUGCUCAACAAAACAGCCAACCUGAUCUGAAUACCUAGUCAAUUCUCUCUUCGUAUAGAGGAGGACCAUAGGAAGUGUUGGAUCAGUGAAUUCACCUUGCAGACACGUGCCAUGCCGAGCAGACCGACGUCGGGACGUCGGCAGUCCGAAAAAGCACCAGCAAGCACACCAUCAUCAUCAUCGCGGACCAGUCGGCAACGCACCUCAUUGGGCACCCAGGUCACGUCCAGUAAUGGCACCCGGCCCACCAGGAGCGUGUCAGGCCCUGCGCCGAAGUCCGCACAAAAGUCCUCUGCAAGAACCAGCAAAGCCAUACCUUCUACUUCUACUGAGCCUGCUGCCCAGAAAUCGAAAACGACGGCAUCACCGAGCAGUGCUAAUGGUAGAAAGAAGCGUAGGGCUGUCUGUUUGUCGGAUGCUGCAGCUAUGAUUGCACAGAGUGAUGGUGAAAGUGACAGUGCCGAUGCCUAUGAACCAGAGUUGGAUAGCAGCGAGGAAGAAGAAGACUACUACUCGUUCGACAGCUCACUCGAUGCACUCGGCAAUUCCAAAGACGCUCUGUUCUCUCCUUCGUCUGCCAAGAGAGCGAGAACAGCGUCCGCAGCGCCCAGCACACCACAGAGAGCAGGCAAAAGUCGAGGAGAGCCAACGUCGAGUGGAGCUGGCCGCGUUUCUGAACCAAUGUCGGGCCGAGCAGAACAUGCUAAGUCAAGUUUGCCAUUGAAAUCUCCGUCUAAAGUGAAGAAAACUCCUGUCAAGCUCAAAGCAAGGAAGCCACAAUUCAGUAGCACACCGUCCAAAACGCCAACUAGCUUCUCUCUGAGCGAACGUGUCAGCAUCCAGAGUUCCAGUUCAUCUUUACUGACAGUCGUGAAGAGCUCGCUUCCCGGAAUGGGGCAAUACACCAGCUAUCCUGCAGCUGGUUCCAUGUUGACAUCCAUCAGUCCUUCCACAGCAUUCCAAGAAGCUCUGCACAAGGCUUGCCAAGACCUGCCUGAGCGGGAAUCCCUCAUACAGCGUUUAGCUGCGCUUGUGGGUGAGAAUGAUGCUGUACCUGCGCCAUGCUUGUAUAUAGUCGGUCACACUGCAUGUGGCAAGACCAGUGUUGUCAAGCGAGUACUACAAGCUUUCGAUGUCUUUCAUGUCUGGGUGGACGGUACUGAAUGUUACAGCCAAGAUGUCCUGUUUUCACUCAUCAUGUCUCGUCUUACGCAAGGCACUGUUUCUACCUCACACGCGGACGGCAAUGACGCUUUUGUGCGCCAACUGGACAACUAUUUGAGCAGCAACGGUCAUAAAAGAUUGGUCCUGGUUGUGGACAAUGUUCAUCGGUUCUUGCGCUUUCCCUCGCCAGGACCCCUUCCUUUGCUUCAGCGCCUCUCCUCUUUGGUGAAGAGCUGCAACGUUAGUGUGAUACUGAUCAGUUCUCUGCCAUGGGAAGAUCUAUGGCCGUGUCUGCACUGUACCGUGCCACUGCAGCUACGCUUUCCCAACUACUCACAGGGCGAGCUGGUGGCUAUUCUGGAACGAGACUGCCCUGUUCCCGAGCAGGCGGCUGCGUACAGUACAUUUGUGCAGCUCUUCAUCAGCUGCUCCAAGCUCAGCUGUGUCAAUCUGCAGCAGCUACGGCAUCUCGUACAUAUUCUCUAUCCAAUCUACUUUCAGCCGGUGUUCAGUGGAGAAGUUGAGGGAAAAGACAAACACGAACUGUGGCGACGCCUUGUACCCGUUCAGCGCCGUAUCGUCAACAACUUCUUUCAACACUCUUCCAAAAUGGAAACAGUAAAAGACAGUGCAGGUCACCAAUCAACCGCCCUCGACCUACCCUAUUUUGCAAAGUUCUUAGUGAUAGCUGGUUUCCUGGCAUCUCACAACCCUGCAACAUUGGACGCGCAGAUGUUCACCAAGCUGGGUGACCGGUUGUCCAAGCGUCAACGGCAUGCAGCCAAGAAACCUGGCAAGAAGGAAAUUGACUAUCAGCGAGAGGGGCCGAAAGUCUUUCCUCUUCAUCGGCUGAUGGCAAUCUUCUUCAGCAUCAUUGAGCGGCCUGUUCCGCCGUCGGCUCAGCUCUUUUCCCAGGUUGCAUCACUGGUUAGACUGAGGAUAUUCAGCCAGGAAAACGAGGCAGCCCGUGCACUGGAUGACCCGCACUACAUGUGUCUGGCAUCGCAGGAUGUUGUCUUGGAGUUGUCACGCUCCGUGGACUUUGACCUUGGUGCCGUGCAAAGUGGAACGUAGCAAGAAACCUACUAUCCGAUCGAAGCUUGAACAAUGCUCCUGUCGACGGCAUUGCAGUCACUGAAUUUUGCACCUUUGAUUCACUUGUGAGAUUUUUUUAUGCGCCAUAAUAAUGGCCCAUUGCUGUUAUAAGAUUUUCUCUUUUUGAAUACUUUGAGCUUUGAUGUCCGCAAUCAACACUACUAUCCAGCUAAAGUAAUUAUUUUGUCACCUCAUGAAGUGCUACUGCUAACGUUAGUUUAGUGUACCUAGGGCAUUGUUGCUUUGAAUUUCUCUCUGAACAGAAUGUUCUCUGUGCUGUUUCACCCCCUUCUUGAAUAUAAACCCUUUUUUUAAAUUAUUUGAUUCUUUGUUCAUGCCCUUCCAUGGGUCUGCUCCUUUAUCGUGCUGCUACUGCUGCUGCUGCUGCGCUGUGUCUUUGACCCUUUCUUAUAUUAUUGCUGCUGCUUGGGUUGAGAUGUGCCGGGGAAAUCUGCUGCUUUUGUGGACAUGUAUUUUACUAGCAGGAUGGAGAAAAAAACACUUCCUGUACAUCGCUGGUUCUUUAUGUGUGGGAAGCCACGUUUAUCGAGGUCCAACAACAGUUAUGUAUAUAAUAAAAGUAGAGCCGAAGGAUUUAUACCAAUAUGAGCCAGCGCACGCGAAAAUCGACCUUAGUGACACACACUUCAAACAUUCUCUGUUUUCGUGUGAUGUGCAAUAUAUCAGGGAAAAUGCUCUAUCUUCUAAGACCCGUAACUCAAGUUUUACUCAAGAUUUUUUUCAAACGUUUUUUGCAUUGAAUUCUGCAUAAAUCCAUCUGCCUUU